GCCGCCGGCUGGGGCGGCUCGGUCAGCUCAGCGCCAGAGCCGGGAGCCGGGAGCUGCGGCCGCCGCCAUGUCCCACCAGACCGGCAUCCAAGCAAGCGAAGAUGUCAAAGAUAUCUUUGCCAAAGCAAGAAAUGGAAAAUACAGACUUCUGAAAAUAUCUAUUGAAAAUGAAAAACUUGUGAUUGGAUCAUGUAGUCAGCCUUCAGAUUCCUGGGAUAAGGAUUAUGAUUCCUUUGUCUUACCACUUUUGGAGGACAAACAACCAUGCUAUAUAUUAUUCAGGUUAGAUUCUCAGAACGCCCAGGGAUAUGAAUGGAUAUUCAUUGCAUGGUCUCCAGAUCAUUCUCAUGUUCGUCAAAAAAUGUUAUAUGCUGCAACAAGAGCAACUCUGAAAAAGGAGUUUGGAGGGGGCCACAUUAAAGACGAAGUAUUUGGAACAGCAAAGGAGGAUGUGUCAUUGCGUGGAUAUAAAAAAUACUUGCUUUCACAGUCCUCGCCUGCCCCACUGACUGCAGCGGAGGAAGAAUUACGGCAGAUUAAAAUUAAUGAGGUACAAACUGACGUGAGUGUGGACACUAAGCAUCAAACACUGCAAGGAGUUGCGUUUCCUAUUUCUCGAGAAGCUUUUCAGGCUUUGGAGAAAUUGAAUAACAGACAGCUCAACUAUGUUCAAUUGGAAAUAGAUAUAAAAAAUGAGACUAUAGUUUUGGCCAGUACAACAAAUACAGAACUAAAAGAUUUGCCAAAGAGGAUCCCCAAGGACUCAGCACGUUACCACUUCUUUCUAUAUAAACAUUCCCAUGAAGGAGACUACUUGGAGUCGAUAGUUUUUAUUUAUUCAAUGCCUGGAUACACAUGCAGUAUAAGAGAACGGAUGCUGUAUUCUAGCUGCAAGAGCCCUCUGUUAGAAAUUGUAGAAAGACAACUACAAAUGGAUGUGAUUAGAAAGAUAGAGAUAGACGACGGAGAUGAGUUGACUGCAGACUUCCUAUAUGAAGAAGUACACCCUAGACAGCAUGCACAUAAACAAAGUUUCGCAAAACCAAAAGGUCCUGCAGGAAAAAGAGGGAUUCGAAGACUGAUAAGGGGCCCAGCUGAAACUGAAGCCACUACUGAUUAAAAUCACUAUAUUAAGUUUAACUAGUUUUUUAAAAGUUCAGCUUUUAGUACAGGAGAACUGAAAUCAUUCCAUGUUGAUACAUAGUAUGGGGGAAAUUGUUCUUUUUGAAAAAUGGCACCUUUCACUUGUGUGCUUUUAAAAUUAAUGUUAUAGAAGACACCUGAUUUCUAUUUUUGAGUUAAGGCUAAGAAAGGGUUUGACAUAGUCAUGUUUCAUUUUGUCACACUUUUCACAGAGUUGAAUAUUCAACACUUUUCUCAUAAUUCUUAAGCUUUAUAUAGCAGAGUCAGUUCCAGAAAGACUAAUGUCUCCAAGACACACUUCCUAUCAGUCUUUGGUUAGACAGUGAGCUUUUUUCUUUAAGGAAGAGAGGCCUUCAAUAUUCACACUGUUUAUUGAAUAUGUCAAGGGCCAGGUUAGACUAUUUCCUAAGCUGAAAGCUUAGGGUGCCUAGAGAAAGAAAACACAGGCUUAUUCUGAGAAACUGUUAAUUCUCAGGAUGUGGGGUCAUCUGCAACUUUCAGAAACAAUGCUUUACUGCAGCAGCCUUUUCUAAUUGACUUUUUAGUUGUUUACGUAAGGUAAAAACUAUAGAAAAUCAGCUCGCUCUGAAACCUUGAGAGCCCCAGAUAUUAAAGAAGAAAAUAGCUCAGUAUUUUGUACAUCGCAGGAUUUCUGAUGAACUCAAAAGGCAUGUUUAAACAGAUCUAGUAAAUUCUUUACAAUUUUAAACUUUUUUUUUUUUUUUUUUUUUAAACUAAAGCACUGAUCAGCUCUGGUUUAUUGUGGUGUGAGGGAUUGAACCUGGGAUCAUGGAAAGUCUCUUGGAAAGGCAUGAAAGUCUCUUUGCAUAACCAUUAUGCUAUCUACCCCUGCCCCAACUUCAAACACUUCCAAAGUAAGUCAUCUCACUUUAAUAUGAGACCAAGUAUUUUGAUUGGUUAUUAAAUAACAUUUAAAAACAAGCCAAAAAAAAAAAAAAAACCAAA